GAAUUCAUUGUGGAGUUUUUUGAUCAGAAUCCGAUAUCUCAAUUGGGUAUAAUAUUAAUGAGAAAUGGGGUUGCGAAUUUGGUAAGUGAAGUCAGUGGACUGCCACAAUAUCAUCUUGACAAAAUCAGGCAGUUAAAGGCAAGACAACAUAACAAGUUCGAACCUAAAGGUGAUCCAUCAUUGCAAAACUCAUUAGAAAUGGCAAGAUCUUUACUAAAGUAUAACUUUGGAUCCAACGCAAACAACACAAAGAACUCUAAAGAAAUAUUAGUCAUAUUUGGUGCAUUGUUCACAAGUGAUCCAGGUGAUAUCCACAAGACAAUAGGAAACCUAGUCAAAGAUGACAUUAAAGUAAAGGUUAUUGGAUUAUCAGCACAGGUGGCCAUUUGUCAAGAAUUGGUUAAUAGAACAAAUAGGGAAGAGAAAAACACAAGCUCCAAGAACUACGGAGUUAUAAUGAACGAAUCUCACUUCAAGGAGCUACUCAUGGAUUGUGUUACUCCAUUGCCGUUGACAGAACAAGAAAAAGAAUUUGAAGAAAGCAACCAUGGUGUACCAGUAAUAAAAAUGGGAUUCCCUACCAAGAUCCAACCUACUGGUAAUUCCAGUAUAGGAAACACCGAUUUCACCAUAGAAUUCCCCCAGCUCAAUGCAUCGUUUCCAACUGCUGGUUCAGAUGAUUCGUCCGAUGUGGUACAGAUCAACCAUAAUAUGGGAGCUACAACUACAGGAGUAGCCGUAGGUUAUCAAUGUCCUCAAUGUAAGAGUAAGGUAUGUAAUUUACCAACAAUCUGCCCAGUAUGUGGAUUAAUGUUAAUUUUAUCUACCCAUUUGGCAAGAUCAUACCACCAUUUGGUUCCAUUACGUCCAUACAAGGAAGUACCAAUCAGUUCUACGUAUGAAUCACAAUUUUGUUUUGGAUGUCAAUUACAAUUCCCCAAAGGUGUACGAACGACAAGUAAAUCCAAAGGGAAACUUGAAUCAAUGACUAGUUCAAGAUAUAGAUGUAUGAAAUGCUCCAAGGAUUUCUGUAUAAAUUGUGAUGUUUUCGUCCAUGAAGUAUUGCAUAAUUGUCCUGGCUGUGAAAAUAGUAAAUAAUAGACAAGUGUAAUUUUAAUUUAUUAUUACUAUACAAUAUUGUUAUUUUAUAAUUAUUAAUAGUACAUACAAAACAAAACGAUCAUUAAUUACCACCCCAGGUGGAAUUGCCUCCCCCAGAUCCCCAAGUAGAGUUGCCUCCAUUACCACCCCAUUUAGAUCCGUUUCCUUUAUCAGCACCUGCACCCCAUGUAGAGUUGUUGCCCUUUCUAGCACCACCCCAAGUUGAGUUGCUACCUCCAGAACCACCCCAGGUAGAAUUGUCACCAGCUCCAGUAGAUGCACCCCAUGCAGAAUUACUUCCCGGAGUUUUUCCACCAGACCAAGCACUGGCACCACCACCACUACCACCACCAGGAGCACCACCCCAAGUUGAAGCACUUCCAUAAGAAGGAGUCUUACCUCCUUGCCAUGAAGAAGCACCUCCACCCCAAGUGGAUCCAGCACCAGUAGCAGCACCGCCUCCAUUCCAAGCAGAACCAGAACUGAAGGCAGGAGCUUUUGGCUUGUUGUAUCCACCCGGCUGUUGUUGCUGUUGUUGUGCUGGAGAAGCACCAAUGAAUCUCAAGUAUGGAACUGCUUCACCACGGAUCAAAACAUUCAAAUUAUUCUUUGGAACCUUAAUCUUUU